CAGCGGGAUGCCUUUACGAAGCCGAUGCAAAGCGUGGUUGUGGCGUCAUGACAAUAUGGAAGUGCAGGAAGCCUGCGUCGUAUCCAGUUUCCUGCAGAUCCGAUGCUUCCACCGACCACUUCAACUGCGGGCCAACGUUACCUCUCUCCAGACCCCGUCCGGCUCUCCGACGGCCUCCUCUUCGUCCCCUCUCAAAUCAAGCGGAGACCUGCCUGAACAGGGAGAGUUUCUCAAUGAGCCCACACGCAAUCACCUCGCUUCUGCAUGAGAUGGGUCCAUUGUUAGCAAUGCUGCCUAAUGUGCAAGGGACCUUUUUGCCUCGGGGGAACUACAUAAAUAGGGACCAUGCAUGCCCCAACGAUGGAUGAAUUUUUCAGAAUCCUCCGGUCAAGUGAGUCCUGUUCUCACACUGAUCU